UAAAAAUCAAUUUAGUUGGCUGAGCGCGAGCUUCACGGAGGGUGGUAUUUUGCAAAAUGGCCGUGUGACCGAAAUAGCCUUCGCCAGCUACCAGGUCCGGAGCAGUGUGGCAGUGACAAUGGACAUGGACCGAGUGGUGUCGUUUGUGGCGCGCGGGACCCGGUGAGCUACCCAAUCCCUGUCUCCUAGUGCCCCGAGAAGAACAUUCCACCACACAGCAUGGCCUCGGUCGCCGCUUGGCUGCCCUUCGCUCGGGCGGCGGCCAUUGGUUGGGUUCCCAUCGCCACCCACCCACUGCCACCACCCCCCAUUUCCAAAGACCGCCGGAAAGCCGACGACGAGAAACUCCUUAUUAACGUUUCGGGACGGCGUUUCGAAACGUGGCGAAAUACCCUCGAAAAAUACCCAGAUACUCUGCUAGGAUCCAACGAAAGGGAGUUCUUCUAUGACGAAGAGUGUAAGGAGUAUUUCUUCGAUCGUGACCCUGAUAUCUUUCGUCAUAUUCUCAACUAUUAUCGCACGGGGAAACUCCACUACCCAAAACACGAGUGCUUGACAAGUUAUGACGAAGAGUUGGCAUUUUUCGGGAUCCUUCCUGACGUAAUCGGCGACUGUUGUUAUGAAGACUACAGAGACAGGAAGCGAGAGAAUGCGGAGCGACUCAUGGACGACAAGCUAUCGGAGAACGGUGACCAGAACCUACAGCAGCUCACUAACAUCCGCCAGAAGAUGUGGAGAGCCUUCGAGAACCCGCACACAUCGACGGCGGCCCUCGUAUUCUACUACGUGACGGGAUUCUUCAUCGCUGUGUCCGUGAUGGCGAACGUGGUAGAGACUGUUCCCUGCGGACAUCGGCCGGGUAGGGCAGGCACCCUGCCUUGUGGCGAGCGCUACAAGAUCGUGUUCUUUUGCCUCGACACGGCUUGCGUCAUGAUCUUCACGGCGGAGUAUUUGCUCCGGCUAUUCGCAGCCCCGGAUCGCUGCAAAUUUGUCCGCAGUGUGAUGAGCAUAAUCGAUGUGGUGGCCAUCUUGCCGUAUUACAUAGGGCUCGGGAUCACCGACAAUGACGACGUAUCUGGCGCUUUCGUGACCCUCAGGGUGUUCCGGGUGUUCCGCAUCUUCAAGUUCUCGAGGCAUUCUCAGGGUCUAAGGAUCCUGGGCUACACCCUCAAGUCCUGCGCCUCCGAGCUCGGCUUCCUCGUUUUCUCCCUCGCCAUGGCCAUCAUCAUCUUCGCUACCGUCAUGUUCUACGCCGAGAAGAACGUUGACGAGACCAACUUCACUUCCAUUCCAGCUGCAUUCUGGUACACCAUAGUGACAAUGACGACUUUGGGGUAAGUCGUGCAUUCCAUGUUGCCACGAGGCCUCUGGAUGAUUGCCAAGUAAUGGCCUGCGUCUGAUGGUGCAGUUCUGGCCGGGUGGAGUGUUUUCUAGCAAGAUACGUUUUCCAAAGGGGAAGUUCCGUGGUGAUACUUGCGAAAAG